AGAGACCAAGGGAUGUCCAAACUCAAGCCCAUCGCACGAAAGUGGCAAGCCGAUUUGAGAUAUGAGUCUCAGCGGUUCCACUUCGUCCGGAGAAGGACUGAGCGCGAGAAAUCUCUCGAUCAGAUUGAGACCCUCAUGGAUGGACUACGACAGAUCUUGAUCGAUCAUGAAGAGAUCGCAAGACGCUGGCCGCAGCUUCGAGCGCAGCGAGAGAUACCAGUCCUCUACGAACAUGCACAGAACGUGUUCAGGCUUGUUGAGUCGGUGUGGCGUUGCCAAUGCGCGUCGAAGCAUUGUGCAGAUCUACGCCUACAUCAUUUAGAGCACAACCUUGUUCAAUUUGAUAUUCUUUUCCGCUACGGCGAAACAAAGCAGAGAUACCAGCAGGCUCCUUGGAUUCUUCACGAGACCACGGUCGAGGAAGUCACAGAAAGGGAAGAGGCUGCGGUUCGCGCUCCAUCAUCCCGACCGGCGAAUUUCACUAGCGUACCGAUACCAUCCCCGCCAGCGAAGGCCCAAGCAGGACAACCCUCGCCAGUCUCUUUCUCGUACAAAGGGCGUCGUCGAGCUAACUGCGCAGGUCCAAGUGGAUCAGCGACCAAGAUCCUAACACAAACUCCAAUCCCUCUUGUUACGCUUCCGAUUCUUCCACAACCGCCAGAUCCGAUCGACGACCUCUGCGAAGCAAUCAGUCGACACAGCUUCACGCCAUGUGCCGGCGUUCUUGCACCAAUACGUGAGAGAGACAUCAAGUACAAACUUAGCGCUUGUACUCUGGGCAUCCAAAGAAAUGAAGAAACCUGCAAGCUCGAGUCGCUCUUAUCAUCUACAUCAGAAUUGACGAGCCGAAAGCAACGAUAUGGAAUAGCCUUAGCCAUCACGUCGUCCCAUCUGCAAAUUCAUCCCAGCCCCUGGCUCGGCAGGAUAUGGAGCAGCGAAGAUAUUCACUUCUAUAUGAAGAAUGGUGUGCUGGAGCUAUCUCGGCCAUAUCUCCGACGCAAGUUCACCCCCGCGGAUCCCACCGAACCUCCCCGAGGCUGCCGAGAUGACACGUUCGGCUCACUCGGGAUCCUCCUGCUCGAACUGUUCUUCAACAUACCACUGGCGAAGAGUCCGCACCGGCAGAAAUAUCAAUCGCCGGACGGGAAACCAGACUUCGUGAUGGACAUGGCCGCCGCACAGAUGUGGGCGGACGUGGACAUGGAGAAAGGUAACAUCGAGAAGGAAUAUGCCGGUGCAGUCUUGUGGUGCUUGAAAAAGCGGACUUUGCGGCCCCAGGAUGAGUCGACAUGGCGGCAAAAGCUUCAUCGUAAGGUUGUCUUGCCGAUACAAAAUGUGUACGAGGCGCUUGCGUAGAUGGAAUAUUGAUGAUGUGCAGUAUAGUCGUGCAUACUUGUCAAGAAGUGAUUCAGUAUCCUAUUGUGCUCCUUCUCAGGAACGACUGCUCAGAGCACCAUUGUUGGGCAUCAUGGGCCCCUUCUAAACAAAAUACAUGUCCCCCGACAGCACGCCAGAUUUCGUCAUGGAUUUGGCCGCCGCGCAGAUGUGAUUGGACAUCAGCGUGGAAGGCGAAGCCGGGCAGGAAUAUGCCUGCGCGGUCUUGUGGUGUCUGAACAAGAGAACAUUGAUAUCACGGGAGAAGAUGUGGCGGCAGGAUCUGCACCGAGCGGUGAUUCCUCCGAUUCAGAAAGCGUAUCGGGCGAUGAUGGCGACGACGACGACAUGUUCAUGACUGUUCUUGGUUCCGAAAAAGGUUUCGGUAUGGAUUACUUGUCACUUGGCAUUUUUCAAAUGUAGAACAACUCACAUGAUUGUACUCAAACUAUUCUGCUCAGUUCACUUCCCCGGAA